GGCCUUCAUUCAGUUUCACGUUGAUCUGGGUUCGAAGCUCGAACCGCUGGGGUGAACGUUGCCCCAUCCUCGGAUGCUACUACGGACCGCAGUUUAGAGUACAAAUACCCUGCCCAUCCUCGUAUCUUCGUCAUUUACGUCCUCCUUUUUUCCGCCGUCCUGUCUUAUCCUUUUACCAUUCUACUGCACUCAUGUCAAAGCAACAGCCGGAACAAGGAUCCAAGGUGCUCGUGCUCGGCGCCGGUAAUUUUGGGAGCUGUCUGGCAGACCAUCUUGGGGACUCGGACCAUGAAGUCUUUUUGUGGGCUCGCGAAGCGCACGUCGUGAAGCAUUUUAACGAGCAUCAUUACAACCUUGAGUAUCUCAAGGACCACAAGUUCUCGGAUAAUAUCACCGCGGUCGGGCCUGAGUUCCCUAGUAAGGAGCUGGUCAACAAGAUGGACGUUCUGUUGUUUGCUAUCCCGACCCAGUUUCUCAGGGAAAAUCUAUCUCGGCUCCGUCCUCAUCUUGACCCCAGCAACUUUCCUCUUUUGAUUUUUGUCAACAAGGGUAUCGAAGUUGGAACGCAUGCCUUGACACUUGAAAUCAUCGCGGACACUUGUGGUCCAGAAUUCGCGAAAGCAGCGGCCUUCAUUUCAGGACCAUCGUUCGCGAAAGAAAUCGUCCAACGACAACCAACGUCCGUUUCAGUCGCAUCUUUUACUGAUGCAGAGGCCGACAAAGCAGCUAAUCUAUUCCAUCAGCCGCACUUCCGUUGUUACACUGGCAGUGAUCCAAUAGGUAUCGAGCUCUCCGGCGCGCUGAAGAACGUCUAUGCCAUAGCUGCCGGCGCGUCCGACGGCUUGGGGUAUGAGAACAAUACACGGGCUAUGAUGAUUACGCGGGGUUUAGCGGAAAUGACCUGUAUUGGCACCGCGUAUGGGGCGUCACCAUUGACAUUUCUGGGCUUGGCCGGCGUUGGGGACCUGUUUUUGACUUGUAGUUCCUCCAACAGUCGUAACUACACAGUGGGAUACCGGCUUGGAAGGGGCGAGUCCCUAGACACGAUUCUUAACACACUUGGUAGUGUGGCCGAAGGUGUAUCAACGACCAAGGGUGUCAAGACUGUGAUAGAUUCACUGGGGGUUCCUGCGCCCAUUGCGAAUUCCAUGUAUGAGGUUCUAUUCGAGCGAAAAGAUAUCCGGACUGCAGUGCGAGAACUGAUGGAACUCCCACCUUCCCGAGAGCUGGAAUUACCUCCGACUGCCGGUGGACCAGCCCGCCAGCUGGUAGAAAAAUUGGGAUUACAUACCAAGGACUAGAGUAAAUCCUGGUAACAAAGCGACGACGGAUCAUUCAGGCAAGAACGUAGAGCAGCUGACACACCGAUUUUUUUAUCGGUAAGAUCAAGCAGGAUCAGGCCAUCGGAGGGUGCAGGACAUUACUUAAAAUAUUCUUACUAUAGUUUGUCUGGUUUAAUGACAUAUUGCACGCGUCGACGGCUUCCGGCGUAUUGUAUUUUCGGAAUUCCCGGAAUAAAACAAGGGCGAGCAAAGAUAAAGAAGAAGAAAUUUUGGGGUAGCCGGAGAGAAAAGGAAAGUGAGCCGAGGGAAC